AUGCCUCGUCAACGAUGGCUCUAUGUCGUCCUGAUGUGGCAUGAGAAACACCAGCGAGAGCUCACACUCACUCAUAUACACAGGUCCGCUGUAGGACGAGCACAGUCCCCGGCCAGCCGUGUCAGCGGUGCGCCAAGCUGGGCAUCUCAUGCGUCGUCGACAAAUCUCACAAACGAGUCACGAAGCGAAGGUACUUUCCUCAACAAGCUUGAGCAGCUUGAGCAGGAGCUGCGCAGCAUCAAGCAGGUCGUCAACCCCGCUGCCGGCGGCCAGACGACAUGGACGCCGCCCAGUCCCCGAGCGACGUACUCAGCGCUCCCUGAGCAGACGCCCGCGGCCGGCGCAGCAGCAACGGCAACUUCAUUGUCUGCUGGCGCAUCGAACGGCGUUGCCCCCGGGCUGAGACCACAGCCUCAAGUCCCGACGCCGCACUCGGAGCCGCCAGCUACGGCAAGCAGCCUUGGCCCCUCGCAGCACGGCUCCGAGAGACGGGCCAAGACGGGACCGACCGAAUCGCGCAUGCUCGGCAGCCUUGUUAUCUCGGGCGACGAUGUUGACUGGUACUUUUCAAAGUGCGCCUACCUCUGCCCCUAUACGACUCACCUCAUCGAGAGGGAAUCUAACGUAUAUGUAUGCGUGUGA